GAGCUGCGCAAAAAUGUAAUUCUCUCAACCUUUGUUUUUCGAAAUCUCCCCACUGUCAGUGCAGUGAAACAUACGUAAACUGCCAGCAAUGUGAUUAAAGUCUGGAUUGUUACUCCCGUAGAGCUAUAUGAUCGGGCUAUUUGAUAUUAUGGGCAGAUCUGCGCGUUGGCUCCUGGGUCACACCUUCGCCAAGCAGCCGUGCGUAAAGAUGAUGAGUUGCAGUCGUGACCGACGGUAAUCCUCCGAGCCACGACGUUAAAUAAGUUGAAGAAGAAACAUUCGGCAGUGAUGACAGUUUCAACAUCCUUAAUAUCGGAGAAUCUGACAAAUGAUCCUCUACUGGGCAUGCUCCAUUUUAUUUGACAGGAGAGCUGGACGGUAACAGCCGCUUUGGGCGUUAUUAGGAGGCUUGUCGCCCCCUCAUCUCUGGGUUUCUUUAUUUAAUCACGCAGCAGAGAACAACACUCGCUCGGACCGAGGAUAUCUCCCUCUCAGCAAUGCAUGAAUGAAAGCGGAAGCCUCCGAGCAGGAAAGCAUCUCUGUGCCGAGACAAAGAUCUGCUGUACAGUGGCGGAGUGUCAUUAAACAUAGAGAGGCAGCGGGCUGAGCGUUGGUGUGAAGGAGUUGAAUCUGUAGGCAGCAACAGAGGAGGGACUGAGGCAGCGCCGAGUCUCCAUCAGGAGCUGCCGGACAGGCGCUGUCCCCUCAGCACCACCACAAUCGCCUUGCUGUGAUAGUCACAACCUGGUCAAUUAGCCUACCGCAACCCGUGGAGUCCAAUGAGCUGGAUUUAUUCUGUUUAUCUAUUUGCCAGCGUUUGCCCUUUUAUCUCGACACUCUGGAUUUACCGACGAUGUGACGUCCAUUCUUAAUGUGAUGCCAUUGGCUGCAAUCAUUUUGGAUUUCGGUUUUGUGCCCUCCAGUGGGUCUGGCACCUCUAAGCUUUUAUGUUUUUUUAUGUUGCACGGUAGGUGCGUGUAAAAAUACAGGUCUGAAAGGGAAUAUAGCCAAGCGGUCCUGGUUUCUGCCAUAGUUGGAAACGGCAGGUUGCUUUGCGCGCUCCUUCCCUUAUGUAAUUGUUUUCCUCAGUCUAAUCAUUGCUGUGCAUGGUUGCACAGUGCGCCUAGACCUGUCUUUGCGAUGAAGGGAACUUACUGGAGAAAUGUCUAAGGGACGCAAUGGGCCUGAGCGACGACAAGGAUCGCAUUGUGAUAAACGUGGGAGGGAUCAGACAUCAGACAUACCGCAGCACCCUGCGCACUCUACCUGGCACUCGCUUGUCCUGGCUAGCCGAGCCUGAUGCACCCAACCAUUUUGACUAUGAUGCCAAGAUCGAGGAAUUCUUUUUCGACCGCCACCCUGGCGUCUUUGCACAUAUCCUUAACUAUUACAGGACAGGUAAACUGCACUGCCCCGCUGAUGUCUGCGGCCCCCUCUAUGAGGAGGAACUGGCCUUCUGGGGCAUUGAUGAGACAGAUGUGGAGCCAUGCUGCUGGAUGACCUAUCGCCAGCACCGGGAGGCAGAGGAGGCCCUUGAUAGUUUCGGCGGGGGGGGCUUGUUAGACCUGGUGAGCGAUGAUCCGGAUCCAGAGCCGGAGCAUGCUGAGGAUGAUGUUGAUGAAAUGACAAGGGGGCUGGCGCAGGGAGACUCUCCUGAUGCCAGGAGUGGGAGCCUGUGGAGCCGGUGGCAGAAACAUGUUUGGGCUCUGUUUGAGGACCCUUACUCCUCUAAAUAUGCAAGGUGGGUGGCUCUGGCCUCGCUGUUCUUUAUUCUGGUGUCCAUCACCACCUUCUGUCUGGAGACCCACGAGGCCUUCAACCCCAUCAUCAACCGCACUGACCAUGAACUGGUGGACAAUGUCACAGUGGAGCACACCUACCAGGAGACUGAGACUGCGGCCUACCUCACCUACAUUGAAGGCGUUUGUGUGGUGUGGUUCACUUUUGAAUUCCUAAUGCGAAUAACUUUCUGCCCGAAUAAAUUUGACUUCAUUCGAAAUGCCCUCAACAUCAUUGACUUUGUGGCCAUCCUGCCUUUCUACUUGGAGGUUGGCCUCAGUGGACUCUCCUCCAAGGCAGCUAAGGACGUGCUGGGUUUCCUGAGAGUGGUUCGUUUUGUGCGGAUCCUACGUAUUUUCAAGCUGACACGUCACUUUGUGGGGCUGAGGGUGCUGGGCCACACAUUGAGGGCCAGUACCAAUGAGUUCCUGCUCCUCAUCAUCUUCCUCGCUCUCGGUGUCCUCAUCUUUGCUACUAUGAUCUACUACGCUGAACGGAUCGGAGCCAACCCUAAUGACCCUCGAGCCAGCGACCACACGCACUUCAAGAAUAUCCCAAUUGGAUUUUGGUGGGCAGUGGUGACCAUGACAACCCUCGGCUAUGGAGACAUGUACCCUAAGACGAUGUCCGGGAUGCUGGUCGGAGCUUUGUGUGCCCUGGCAGGUGUGCUGACCAUUGCCAUGCCUGUCCCUGUGAUUGUCAACAACUUUGGAAUGUAUUACUCGCUGGCCAUGGCAAAACAGAAACUACCAAAGAAAAAAAACAGGCAUAUCCCUCGGGCACCCCAACCAGGUUCUCCAAACUUCUGUAAGUCAAGCAUCAGCUCCCAACACCAGAGCCCCAUCGCCCAUGAUGACGUUUUCGAGAUAAAGUUUCAAGAUUCCAAGCUUAACGGUGAGGCAGCUAACGCAGCUCUGGCCAAUGAAGAUUGCCCUCAUAUAGACCAGGCCAUAUCUCCGGAGGAAAUCUUCAGCCCCAGCGAGAGAGAGCGGCCCUGCUUCCUGGUCACCACUGCUGAAUGCCCCAACCACACAGGGGGCAGAGUAAGGAGGGAGACCCAGCGACAACACCGGAGCAGACAGCCAACAGAGUCAGUUUGUGUUAUGAACCAUGGUGUACCAACCACUAUGUGUGUGACCCAUAAUGGCCCAUCACCCACCUGAUAGCGCUGUAACAUUGUUGUGUGUUACUUAGUAUUUUUAAGUGGGUGUGACAGUGACAACCUGUACAUCACAAACUCAGCAUAGAUGUAGCCCUGAAUAAGUUUUGUUGUCAAGCCUUAUGUAGCUCAGUAUCUGUGUUGUAAUCUGUGUGCCUCUUUUCUGUGUGUGCCAGUGCUGUAAAUAAGCUUUUUUGUGUGCUGAAGUUGCGUGUACCAAUGCUUCUGAGUGGUCAUCAAAUAUUUGUGUGCUUAUUCUGUUGAAGAAGAAAAAAUGACGCUCCAAUUUUAAUCACCCCCUCAGCAAAAAAAAAAAAAAAAAAAAACUGUCACUUGUCAUGUCAGCCAGACUAAACAGUUGGAAAAAAGUCGUGAACUUUGCACUGUCAUGGUCACAUUUUUGUUGACUUGUGCACUGUUUUGGCACCAGUGAACGUUCAACAUUCUUUUGAUAUGUUUUGGGGCGUAGUGAGAUAACAUCCACAAAAGUGAAAGAAGGGCAUACUUUCAAAAAAACACCACUCAUACCUUGUAUUAACAAGGUAUUAAAACAGUAAAGUGAACUGUUAGAAAUCGGUAAAAGACUUAGUUGGUUAUCCACCGUUAACUGAAUGUUAAUAUAUCUUUAUAUGUGACUGUACUUUGGUUAACAAAUACCGCUUAAAUAUUAAAUACAUUAACUUGUAGUUAUUUUAUAGUACAUUUUAAUUGACAAUCAUGUAGAACUGGAUAUUCUUUUUCUGAUUAUUAAGCAUGUAUUUUUAACUAAUGCCGAAACAUUAUACACAUCAUACAAGUGCCUCUGUUAUGCGAAUUCUUCUUACCAGUCAGAAGUAUAGCUUAAUAAACAUGUUAAACUAAUUUACUUUUUAUUUCAAAUUGACCGUCAAUCACCAGCCAUUAGAAACAAGGGUAACACUUUAUUUUACAGGUCUGCUAUUUCCUAAUAAUUACUUUAAAGUUUCCUGGAAAGAACUAUGUAGUUUGCUAUUAAUUACAGAAAAAUAGGGACAUAGUUCUAAAACACAUUUUUUUUCUUAGUUAGUGCACUGAGUUGUGUUUAUUAUUGGCUUCCAGAUGAAUUUCCAUGAAAGAAAUCACUCAAUGUAAACCUAGUAUUUACAGUUUAUUUAUGAAAUGUUUGAAAUGUAUUCUUCAUUUAUUCUGAACAUUUUGCAUGUGUAGUUCACUUUCUGUUCUCUGAAUAAAAGCCUCAGGUUUCUGCUAGUUUAGCAUUUAGAAAUGGAAGCGUAUCAUCUGAUCACUCUCUAAUUUCACCUAUAGUUAGUACCAAAAUUAUGUCUCUCAUUCCGGGAAAUUUAUUAGGAAGUUAUUCAUAAAUAAAGUGGAAUUUACAGACCUGCAAAAUAAAGCGUUACCAAAACAAGCACCAGUUUCAGUGCUCAAAAAGCAGACAGAAGCAAUAACGACCCCAGUGCAGAUCAGCUGCUAAAGCCAAACGAUGAGCAUAUCUAAUUAAAAAAAAACACUCAUUUGAUACUACAGUAAAUACAGAUUCAUUGUUUGUGUGGAAAAGGGACCAACUUUUUACCAAACAUAUGCAAACACUGCCAACAACUUACUGAGAUCUGUGUGCAGGUGUAGCAGAUCUGGAUCUGC